AUGGCCGCCCCCGGGGCGAGCGUGCGGACCUACUUCGGUCGCGUUCGCCGAGGGGCUGGCGGCGAGAAGAACGCUCUCGCCGCGAGCGUUUUACCGCCGCCGCGGGACACGUUCGAGAGCCUCGUCGCGCACUUUCGCGGCGUCUGCGCGGCGGCGAGGACGCGACGGAAGGAGAUUGAACGCGCGUCGCAGCCGCCGCGACGCGACGGCGACGACGUCGGCAGCGCGGCGCGGCAACGUUUGCUCGAGACAGACGACGACAACGCCGUGGAGACGAAGAAGAAGAAGGACGCGUCCUCCUCUCCCGACGUCAUCGUGCUCGACGAUACCGAGUCGGAGGAAGCGGCGGCGGCGGAGGCUUCGCCGUCGUCGUCGCCGUCGUCGCCGCCGCGGGCGCGUUACGCGACGCCGCCGUCCCCUCCUCCGCCGCCGCCGAACACGGAAGCGACGCCGGACGAUCUGUCGUCGCCCAUCGAGCGCACGCCGCCGUCCGUGAAAGCGCCGAAUCGCGCGAUGAAACGCUCGCUCGCAGUCGCGGUCUCCCCGCCCGCCGCGGCGAAGGUGGUCGACCCGCGGGGGUCCUCGUUUCCGUCCGAGUACGAGUUCAAGUCCCCGGAGCAGGAGGUCGCCGCCGCGUUAGUAGGAGGCUUCACGAAAGAGAACAACACAGCAGUCACGGACGAAGACGCGGAGGAGGAGGAGACGCAGGAGGAACGACGCGUCGAGGUGCACCCCUCUUCUUCUCGCGGCGGCGCGCCGCCGCGAAAGCCGCUUCUGGACAUCUCUCAGGCGCGUUCUAUACACUGGUCCCCAUACGACCCCGUCCGCGUGGUGAACGCCGAUCCUUAA